AUGGAGCAGGCUGUCGGACAUGUCCACACUGGAGCGGGCUGGCUGCACUACCAGAAGAUCGUCCACCGGGACAUCAAGCCCUCUAACUUGCUGCUGGGGGACGAUGGCCACGUGAAGAUCGCAGACUUUGGGGUCAGCAACCAGUUUGAGGGCAACGAUGCUCUGCUGUCCGGCACCGCCGGCACUCCUGCAUUCAUGGCACCAGAAACCCUCUCAGACACACGGAAGAGCUUCAGCGGAAAAGCGCUGGACGUGUGGGCCAUGGGAGUCACUCUCUACUGUUUCAUCUUCGGGAAGUGCCCGUUUAUUGACGAGUACAUAUUGGCUUUGCACAAUAAGAUAAGGACCAAGCUUGUGGAUUUCCCAGAAAUACCAAAGAUCAGUGAGGAGCUGCAGACUCUGAUCUUGCUGAUGCUGGACAAGAACCCAGACACCCGGAUCACCAUCCCUGACAUCAAGAUGGACCAGUGGGUGACCCAGGGAGGCACCGACCCCCUGCCUCUGGAGGAGGAGCACUGCUCUGCGGUGGAGGUGACGGAGGAGGACAUCCAGAACUCGGUCAAGUUUGUCCCGAGCCUCUCUGCAGUGAUUUUGGUUCGAGCCAUGCUGAGGAAGCGCUCCUUCAGUAACCCCUUUGAGUGUCCGAGCAGGAGAGAGGAGCGCUCCAUGUCUGCACCGGGCAGCCUGCUCAUAAAGAGCAGCACGGGGGACGGGCCCAGAGAGGGAGAGCUGGAGGACCUGCACGAAGACGAGCCGUCCUCUUGAGUCUCAAUGAGAGACUUUGUCUUAAACUUUUUCCUCUUGACGUCGCUCCGCUUGAACCGCCGUGUGCUCGGCUCGUCAUCCACACGUCUCCGUCCGAUCAGCGACGCGCUGAAUCGUUCUUUACGCCGGAGAGACUUUAAAUCUGCUCUGACGCUCCUGUUAAAGGGGGACUGUUUGUCAACCUGGACUUUAUUUUCUUUGCUUUUGUGUCUAAGUGACUAAUGGGGACAAUGAAUUCUGAAACUGGUCUGGUAUUGAGGCGUGUGGUCGCAGAAAACCUGGAAGAUUAAUAGAAUUUUACAAUCACAUUUUCCAGGAAAAAAAUUUAAGUUUUGGAAAAAUUGUGGAAAUGUGUGGAAUAAAUUAA